AUGUCUUUUCCAUCGGCCAAGUAUGUCCAUCUCGGCAAGAGCGGCCUGCGCAUCUCUGUUCCUAUCCUUGGGGCAAUGAGCUACGGCAACCCAAAGUGGGGUGCCGAUGGAUCAGCGGGACCGUGGGUCAAGGAUGCGGAGCAAGCUCUACCUAUCCUGAAAGCGGCUUGGGACCGUGGUAUCAACACCUUUGAUACUGCAAACCUCUACUCCAACGGUGAUUCCGAGCGCGUUCUGGCCAAGUUCAUUGAAGAGUACAAGAUCCCCCGCGACGAGAUCAUCAUCGCCACCAAAUGCUACGGCCUCGUCGCCAAGGGCGCCGACAUCGACAUCAUAACCUGGACCAUACCCGACAUGGCCGACCACAGGAAGGAGUACGUUAACCAGAAGGGCCUCUCGCGCGCGGCCAUCUUCAACGCCAUUGAGGGCUCGCUCGCGCGCCUGAACACGUCAUACAUCGACCUCUACCAGAUCCACCGCUUCGACCCGGCGACGCCGCCCGAGGAAACGAUGAAGGCGCUCCACGACCUCGUCGAGGCCGGGAAGGUGCGCUACAUCGGCGCGAGCUCGAUGCGCACUUGGGAGUUUGCGCUGCUGAACGCGGUCGCGGAGAAGAACGGGUGGACGAAGUUUGUGAGCAUGCAGGACGAGUAUUCGUUGCUGUAUCGCGAGGAGGUUGGUGAGCGGGAGAUGUUGGCGUACUGCAAGUACCACGGCAUCGGGGUCAUCCCGUGGGGACCUCUUGCGACAGGCCGUCUUGCACGUCCGUUGAGUGCCGGCGAGACCGAGCGCUCCAAAACGGCCGCCGCCGCCGGAUGGGGACUUGACGGCUCAGCAGACAAUGAGAUCGUCAAGCGGGUGGAGGAGAUAGCGAACAAGCGUGGCUGGAAGAUGUCGCAGGUGUCUCUUGCGUGGGCGCAGCGGAGCGUGACAAGCCCCAUCGUCGGCAUCAACUCGGUCAAUCGCGUCGCAGAGAGCAUCGUGGAUGGCGAGCUGACCGACGAAGAGGCGAAGUAUCUGGAAGAGCCGUACGUGUAUAAGCCAAAGGUCGUUCGUGGGCAUGCGUAA